GUGUUCCUGGGCCAGAAGUACGGCUACCGACCCAUCCCGACGUACAUCGUGUCGUCCGAGCUGCAGAUGCUGCGCGACGAGCUGGCCUCCACGGGGACGGACGUGGUGCUGCUGGACACGUGGUACCGGAAGGACAGCAACGCCGUGCCGCCCGUGUCGGUGCUCCAGCCCAUCUCCUCCAUCCUCAUCAACUUCAACAACAAGCGGAUACCCAAGCUGCAGCAGCACGACCAGGCCGUGUGGUGGGACACACUGGGCAAGAUGCAGAAGCUCCUUCGCAAGGCGUCCGCCACCCUGUUCGCCGCAGGGAAGAUGGACAGGGACGCCAUGCACAACUAUUUCAUGUCGGUAACGGAGCGCGAGGUGAUCAACGGCAUCCUGAGCGUGAAGAACACCAAGAACAGCUGCCUGGCCUACGUCCGGUACAUCAACAACAUCAACCUGCAGAACUUGAAGAAGGCCUCGCUUUUCUUGGACGUGCUGAAUCGCUCAUUGGACACGGAGGCCUCCAAGCUGAUGGCCAACCUGCGGGACGAGCGGCUCACGGCCAAGAUCGAGGCCAGCAACUACCAGCGCUACACGGUGGAGUGGAUCGGGCGCGAGGGGCUCGACACGGAGACGCACGAGGAGUACCUGCAGCACUUCAUCACGCACUUUUACCGCAACAUCACCAAGCUGGUGGACCGCGCCAUGCGCAAGGAGGACUCGAGCGCCCAGGGCCAGAUCGUGACCGAGAUCCUGCAGCACUUGCAUGCCUGUAACAACGCAGUCAAGGUGUUCUACGGGCGCGAGCAGGAGCUGGACCGCAUCCAGCGCUACGUGUCCGGCGAGUACGAGAAGCCCCUGGUGCUCUACGGCGAGGGCGGUUGCGGGAAGACGUCCCUGCUUGCCAUGUCAGCGGGCAACUCUUCCACAGAAUGGUUUCCCGGGGCGAGGCCAGUUUGCGUCAUCCGCUUCCUGGGCACGACGCCUGACUCGAGCGCGCUCACGCCCACCCUCAUCUCCAUCUGCCAGCAAAUCUCGUACAACUUCAUGCUCCCCUACGAGGACAUUCCCGACGACCUGGUGCCCCUGACGGCCCACUUCAAGCACCUUCUGACCUGCGCCACCAAGGAGCAGCCCCUCAUCGUGUUCCUGGACUCGGUGGACCAGCUGACGGGCGCGCAGGACGCCAACAAGGUGUCGUGGCUGCCGACGCGCCUGCCGCCCUACUGCAAGCUGAUCGUGUCCUGCGCUGCCGAAGCCGACAACCCGGAGGUGUCGCGCGAGUACCACCUCCUGCGGAGGAUGCUGGACGUGGAGGAGCAGUUCAUCGAGGUGACGGCCCUCGGCGAGGACCUGGCCAUGCAGGUCAUCAAGAUGUGGAUGCGCACGGCGUGCCGCGACCUCACCAACUACCAGUGGCGGCUCGUGUCCAACGCCAUCAGCUCGUGCUCGCUGCCCAUCUUCGUGAAGCUCGUCUUCGCCGAGAUCUGCCGCUGGCGCUCGUACACCAAGCCCCAGGACACGCACCUGGCCGCCACCGUCAUGGACUCCAUCAUGAUGCUGUUCGAGCGGAUCGAGAAGCAGCACGGCCGCAUCCUCGUGUUCCACGCGCUCGCCUACAUCACGGCGGCCAAGAGCGGCCUGUCCGAGUCGGAGCUGGAGGACCUCAUCUCGCUGGACGACCGCGUGCUGGACGACGUGUACCAGUACCACAUGCCGCCCGUGCGCCGCAUCCCGCCGCUGCUCUGGACCCGCAUCCGGAACGACCUGCCCAACUACCUGAGCGAGCGCGAGGCGGACGGCGUCAGCGUCAUGAACUGGUACCACAGGCAGUUCCGGGACACGGCCAAGGAGCGGUACUUCAAGAACAUGAACAUGGCCAUGUACUUCCACUCGUCCAUCGCCGACUACUACCUCGGCAUCUGGGGCGGCGGGAACCCUAAGCCCUUCAAGUACACCGAGAUCCAGAGGCACAGGUUCAACCUGACGGACAAGGAGGGGUCGGCGGACCGUAAGGUGCCCGUGCAGCCGCUCGUGUUCUACACCAAGGACGGCAAGGUGUCGCGGUACAACUUACGAAAGUUUGGCGAGAUGCCGUACCACAUGGUCCGCGCGCGCCGGUUCAAGGACCUCUACGAGCACGUCCUCUUCAACUACGAGUGGCUGCACGCCAAGCUGUCCUCCUGCCCGCUCCAGGCCGUCCUCUCCGACUUCGAGGACGCGUGCAACAACAUCGACGACCGCGACGCCACGCGGGAGCUGCACCUCGUGGCGGACGCGCUCAGGCUCGGCGGCGCCAUCCUGAGCGUGUACCCCAACAUGCUGGCCCCGCAGCUGGUGGGGCGUCUGCUGCCAGAGAUCGGCGUCAACCCCAACGUGAAGAUGCUGCUGCAGGACUGCGACAAGAAGGGCCCCGCCCACUGCGCGCUGCUGCCUCUGUACCACUGCCUGCACACGCCGGGCGGACCCCUCAAGUACUCGCUCGAGGGUCACCAGUUCGCCGUGUUCGCCUUCUGCCUCACGGGCGACCUGCGCUACAUCGUGUCCAUCUCGAACCGCUUCAUCACCUGGGACCUGUCCACGAGCGACAUGACGCGCGACGUGAACCCCGGCCUGGAGGGCAUCAUGCAGAUGCUGGUGCUGAGCCCGGACAACCGCUACGCCGCCGCCUUCACCAACAACAACCAGUCCGUGCUGCUCAACAUGCUGACGAGCGAGUUCUUCCUGCUGGAGAACGCCCUGCGCGACGAGGAGCCCGUCGUGGGCGUGUACCUGCUCAACACCAACGUGCUGGUCUACGGCGCUGGGUCCUGGUGCCGCUUCGACAUGCGCGGCGGCAUCCAGGAGAAGGGCACCACCCCGGAGGACCCCAAGACCCGCCCGCUCCUGCUGCUCGACAUGACCAGCCUGGAGGAGUAUCGCCAGAUUUACUGGAGCGGAUCGCUGGAUGACCCGGCCAUGCGGCUGCGCACCAAACUGGUGUCCGGAGAAAUUGAGCCUCUCGACUUCCACAGCGCCAUGGUGCUAACGGCCGACAAGAAGACCCUCUACUGCUGCACGGAGCCGGGCGUGGCGGCCGUCUCCAAGUACGUGCUCAAUGCCGAGGCCGGCCGCUGGGAGUUCGAACGACGACUCCCCUGUCCCCGGAUGGAUGAGCGGGAGAUGCUGCUGCAGCUCAAGCUGGCCCCCGCGCACGCCGCCCUUCUGGGCACGACCAGCAACGGCUUCAUCGUCUGGGACCUGUCGAGGGACAUGCAAGCCGAGCAGGACCCCAUGGCCGACCCGCUCGCCGAGGAGGAGGAGGACGAGGAGGAGCAGGAACAGGAGCGCGACGCAGACGCGGCUCCGGAGGGCGAGCAACAGCAGCCCGAGGCUCAGGUCGACGACGUGGGGGCGCCCGCGAAGCGCAAGCGGCGCCGGGGGCUGCCGAAGGACUCGGCCACGGCCCUGUGGCUGCCGCACGGCACGCGGAACAUCUCCACCAGGAUGCUCUCGUCCAACUCCAUCAUGAUCUCGGCGAGCCGCGACUACGCCGUGGCCGGGGUGCGCAAGAGCCUCUACGUCUGGAACCUCAAGGACGCGGCGCUGCUCAAGAUCCUGGACGCGCACUUCGGCCGCAUCAUCCAGCUGGAGCCGCUGACGGUCGGCUCGUGGAACUCGGUCGUCACGUCCUCCAUCGACCGCACCGUCAAGGUGUGGAACAUCAACAACAUCUUCGAGCAGGUGCACGUCAUCGACAGGCACGAGCUGCAGAUCGACUCCAUCUGUGUGUGCCAGGCCGCGGGGGUGGCCGUGACGGUGACCCGGGGCUGCGUGGGCGUGUGGGACCUGCGGGUGGGCCGCCUGCUCACCCGCCUGGCAGACUCGCCUCUCGGCGCCAUCGUCACGCACGCCGCCAUCACGCAGGACGGCCGCUACAUCGUGUCGGCCGAGUCGGGCAACAUCCUCAUCUGGAACAGGCUGACGGAGCAGGUGCUCUUCAAGGAGGAGCAGCAGGGCGUGCGCCAGCUGGACCUGCUGGAGGACGGCACCCGCUUCCUGGCCGUGUCCAGGCCCAGCCCCGCCAACGCCGCACCCAACGCGGAGCCCUCCAGGGCCACGGCCACCGCCACGGCGCGCGCCCUGCCCAGCGGCGCCCGCGUGUUCUCGUUCGACUGGUCGGUCCGCGUCGCCCCGGGCGCGUCCUGGAGGCCGGCCGUCGUCACCUCGGACGGCCAGCACCUGUGCGUCAUCGCCUCGGACAAGGGCGCGCGCGAGGCCGUGGUCGUCUACUCGGCCAAGAACGGCCAGCUCAUCCACAGGCUGCCCCUCAAGCCCGUCGGCGUCAAGGACGUGCUGCAGCUGGUGCCCAUGCCCAACAAGGGCCACCUGCUGGCCGUCAUCGACCCGGACAAGGGCAGCGUCCUGGACAUCCGCACCAAGCGCCUGGUGCGCGCCAUCUCCAAGUGGGGCGGCUCGUGCACCAAGGACGGCCGCUUCGGCCUGUGCGCGCCCGCCCGCGGCGGCCUCGAGCUGCUCGAGCUCAAGAAGGGCGCGACCGUCAGGACCUUCAUCCCCAAGGUGGCCGAGGGCGUCUUCACCAUCAUCUGCCGGUUCAACAAGACGGACGAGUACGUACUGUACUACCACAGCGGCAGGAAGACGCUCAGGCUCUUCAGGACCGCGGAUGCGAAGAUGAUCGCAAACUACCGUGUAGCGGCCGAGCUGUCCGCCAUCGACUCGACCGACGACGGGCUGUGCAUCGUCCUGGGGACGGUGGACGGCUGCGUGUCCGUCAUGAGCAUCGCCGACCCGGACAAGCCCGAGAUGGCCACCUUCCUGGCCGGGAUGCCGUCCAGGGACGAACAGUGGAAGAAAAAGAUGCGCAAGCAGCACGCCAAGACCGUGUUCCGGGCCGCGGCGUCCAUCGCGCGCCUCUGCGCCGGCUUCCAGGGGAGCGCGCCCGACGAGGAGGAGGGCGCGGGCGACGAGGGCGAGGGGGACGGCGACGAGGACAGCGAGCACGGCAAGGCCUCGUCGGAGGAGCCGCAGCACGCCGUCGGGAACGGGGCCGCGGUGGGUCUGACCAGGAUGAUCACCGUUGAGGAGUAGGCUGUGUUUGCUUGAUGUGAUUGACUAGAAGUUCUACUUCUGGAUUAUUGUUGUUGUUUGUUGUUGUCUGUUAUAGGCUGUGAUGGAAACCUUAUGUAAUACGUAAUCAAACGCCUUGCUUAUAUCUCUAAGCGGGCCCUGUAAAUAAAGCGAUUCUAGAGAUGUAGAGAGUUUAUGUAACUUAACGAAUAAACAAAAUGUAUUUCAA